AUUGCACAGGCCACUAUGCAGCCAGCAAUGAUGAUCUCCAGUACAUACUGGGCACAGAAGGGGCCGUCUCUGGAUUCGCUGUGCCCCUGGAACACCCACUACAUGGCAACCGUAACUGUAAGUAUCUUGGGCACUCUAAACAGAACCAGUUCUGGUAAAAAUGAUGAUAAAAAGGACAAUAAAGGUGCAAGCAAGAAUGAAUCAACAUCAGAAGGAGGAAAGACCGCUGUGGUGUUUUCUUUGAAAAAUGAAGUUGGUGGAUUGGUGAAAGCUCUCAGACUUUUCCAGGAGAAGCAUGUGAGUAUGGUUCAUAUUGAAUCAAGAAAAUCCAAGAGAAGGAGUUCAGAGGUAGAAAUUUUUGUGGACUGUGACUGUAGCAAGAAAGAAUUCAAUGAGCUCAUUCAGUUGUUAAAGUAUGAAACGAACAUUGUAACUCUGAAUCCACCGGAAAACAUCUGGACCGAUGAGGAAGAGCUUGACUGUGUUCCUUGGUUCCCCAGGAAGAUUGCUGAAUUAGACAAAUGUUCCCAAAGAGUUCUAAUGUACGGCUCUGAACUGGAUGCAGAUCACCCUGGAUUUAAGGACAAUGUGUAUCGGCAGAGAAGGAAAUAUUUUGUUGACGUUGCCAUGAAUUAUAAAUAUGGCCAGCCAAUCCCUAGAGUGGACUAUACACCUGAAGAAAUAAAAACUUGGGGAGUGGUGUUCAGGGAACUUACCAAACUGUAUCCUACUCAUGCCUGUCGAGAGUAUUUGAAGAACUUCCCUUUGUUGACCAAGCAUUGUGGCUACCGGGAGGAUAAUGUCCCUCAGCUGGAGGAUGUUUCUAUGUUUCUUAAAGAAAGGUCUGGAUUCACAGUCAGACCAGUUGCCGGAUAUUUGUCGCCUCGUGAUUUCUUAGCUGGCCUUGCCUAUCGAGUUUUCCACUGUACUCAGUACAUACGCCAUGGCUCUGACCCUCUCUACACUCCAGAACCGGAUACAUGCCAUGAACUUCUGGGACACGUGCCUCUGCUCGCUGACCCUAAAUUUGCCCAGUUUUCCCAAGAGAUUGGACUGGCCUCCCUGGGAUCUUCUGAUGAGGAUGUCCAAAAACUUGCAACUUGCUAUUUUUUCACUAUUGAAUUUGGCCUUUGUAAGCAAGAUGGGCAACUCCGGGCUUACGGAGCAGGGCUUCUAUCUUCCAUUGGAGAACUCAAGCACGCUCUGUCUGAUAAAGCCAGUGUGAAAACUUUUGAUCCAAAGACAACCUGCUUGCAAGAAUGCCUUAUCACGACUUUCCAGGAAGCUUACUUUGUCUCUGAAAGUUUUGAAGAAGCCAAAGAAAAAAUGAGGGACUUUGCAAAAUCAAUCAACCGUCCCUUUUCAGUAUAUUUCAACCCAUACACCCAAAGCAUUGAAAUUCUGAAAGACACCAGAAGUAUUGAAAACGUUGUCCAGGAUCUUCGGAGUGACCUGAACACAGUGUGUGACGCUUUAAGCAAAAUGAACAGAUACUUGGGGAUAUGAGCUAUCCAGUGUUGUGGGCUUUGGAGUGUAGCUACCUUAACACCAUUAUGCGAUGCGAUGUCUGUUCCUUCUCUGUUGCAUGACCAUUACACUUCCUUAGUGUGUAAUAUUAUCCGACUGUAGCUUCAGAUACGCCAGUGCUAACACGCAGAUCCGCAAGGAAGUGGGACAUGUAUCCUUUGCUUAUUUGUUUAAAUGUUUAGCUUGCCACACAGCUUUUAAAAAGCUCCGAGGGCAGCUUACAAGCACAUAAAAUGAAUACACUUCAAUAAAAAGCAAAUACGUCAAUAAAAAUGCACACAUUAAAGACAAAAAAAAGAAUCCAUCAUC